UCCAGUGGCUCAGGUUACUAAAAGAUUGUCAGAAAAGGCAAACACACAGCAACACCCGAACCAACAGAGGUGCAAACCGUACUCCAUAUCAACAAAGGCACCAAAUAACUGCUUCAUGUUAGAUUCCGAGCACAUUGUCUUUGUGAGAGAAAAGCGGGUGAAUGGAAUGUUGGUUGUGGAUGUUAUUGACCCAGAGGUCACGAGGCAGCUAUUUGAUCUACCCUGCGAGUCAACGAUGAUUAACAUUGUGUACGUGAAGAGCAGUGACCUAAACCGAAUGAAGAGGAAGCUUCUGGAGACAACGGAUCUGCAUAGGAAGGCUGUGUGCUUACCACAUGCACAGGGAUUUUCCAUAUUCCCACUCCUUCAUGACUUUAAGGAUUAAUUGAUGAUUGUUCCUAUCUUGCCAUUAUGUCCCAAGGACUGAGACAUGCUCCAAAAAAAAAACGUUAUGAGGAGUAUGUACAAGACAUGAGCUCAUCUGAGUCCGUGCUGCCAUCUCCACCCCCAAAGAAGCCCCGUGUUUCUACUUUCCCCCUACCGCCUAAUAAAUAUGGCGCUGCCCCUGCCUCAAAAGCUGCCCCUGCCUCAAAAGCUGCCCCUGCCUCAAAAGCUGCCCCUGCCUCAAAAGCUGCCCCUGCCUCAAAAGCUGCCCCAGCAACCAGUGUUCAUGGGAGUAAGGUGAAAUCAAGAAAGAACCCUCUUCAAAAUUUUUCGGAGGAUCUUUUUUCCACACUACCUUCUGCCAUGACUAGUAGUCAACAAGGACAACACCUUUCGCCAAUCCUUGAACAAAGCACUCCACAAUCUAUGGAUUCCACAAAAAUUGAAACGCCAAAAAGGACAAAGCAAACAUUUAGGGGUCGUUUCUUACCCUUACCAUCGUGCACCUCAACCCCUUAUAAUUGCAACCCAAAAGAGAUAGGGGACUUUGGCGAGUCUGAAGAAACACCACAAGCAAACAAGACCACACGCAAAUCCAGAACUCCCCAAAGGAGAUAUUCCCAAGGGGACCUUGGCGAGUCUGAAGAAACACCACAAGCAAACAAGACCACACGCAAAUCCAGAACUCCCCAAAGGAGAUAUUCCCAAGGGGACCUUGGCGAGUCUGAAGAAACACCACAAGCAAACAAGACCACACGCAAAUCCAGAACUCCCCAAAGGAGAUAUUCUCAAGGGGACCUUGGCGAGUCUGAAGAAACACCACAAGCAAACAAGACCACACGCAAAUCCAGAACUCCCCAAAGGAGAUAUUCCCAAGGGGACCUUGGCGAGUCUGAAGAAACACCACAAGCAAACAAGAACACACACCAACCGAGAACUCCUCAAAGGAGAUAUUCCCAAGAGAGGCAAGACAAGUUUCCCAUGUCAGACAAAAAAUUACAAAGAAAGGUGCUUCUGCUGCUCGUGGAAAUCAAGGAAGAAUUAAGGAGAAUUGGACGCAGAGUGGAACCUGACACAGAUUUCCACCUGUCAACAAUGGCCACCGAGGAAGAGUUCCAAAACCUCGAAAAGCAACUGGAAAGUCAGCGGACCCAGGCAGCAAUGGUGUUUAAGCUGUGCCAAAUCGGGGGCAGAAACCUGAAAGACAGUGCAAGGAGAAUGCUGGACAGAGUUUUAAAAAAUUCCCUGAUGUCACAAUUUAAUAUGAAAGGGGGUGGUCCAUUGCUUAAGAAAGCGUUCGAAAAAACGGCACUGUUCUCCGUUAUUAAGGACGCAAUACUAAACAACUAUCCAGAAGCGACAGAGUUGGAAGUAAAGUCUGCAAUUGGGGGUCAUUUUAAACAAGCUCCAGGGAGGACGGGGGGCGGGGGAUAUAAAAGUAAAUACAAUGAAUAAAGACAGUUAGUUGAGUUUAUACGUAAUUUUAUAAUUUAUUUUGUAAUUUAUUCUUUUGUAUUCAUUUUUUUAUGUUAGGCUGUAAAAGUGGUUAAUUGUGUUUGUUAUAUUGACUAAUGU